AUGGCUGCCAUGUUUAGCCAAAACCCCUUGAUGAAUGGGCCCAACUACUCAUUCUCCGAAGCUCCCAAGAUCAACCAUGGAGAGUUUCGAGAACAUCGAUUCAACCCAUACACCGAUAAUGGUGGCUCAACUCUGGCCAUUGCUGGCGCCGAUUUCACCAUCAUGGCCGGUGACACUCGCCACACCAGCGGUUACAGCAUCAACUCUCGCAUGUCCCCCAAGGUGUUCCGAAUUGGCGGCACGACCGCAUCCCAAGAGGACGCCACACUAGUCCUAUCAGUUGUUGGCUUUGCUGCUGACGGCGAAGCCCUCCGCGAUCACCUCGACACCAUCUGCAAGAUUUACCGUUACCGCCAUGGCAAGCCCAUGUCCGUCAACGCUUGCGCGAAGCGUCUCUCUACAGUUCUUUAUGGCAAGCGAUUCUUCCCAUACUACUCGCAUGCGAUGCUCGGCGGUUUGGACGAGGAGGGCAGGGGCGCUGUAUACUCGUAUGAUCCCGUAGGAAGUUACGAGAGAGAGCAAUGCCGCGCAGGCGGUGCUGCGGGUAGUUUGAUCAUGCCUUUCCUCGACAACCAGGUCAACUUCAAGAACCAGUACAUUCCCGGAAGCGGAGAGGGCCACGAGUUGAAGGAGAGAGAACGACGUCCUUUGACACGAACUGAGGUCGAGACCGUCGUCAAGGACGCUUUUGAUGGUGCAGUCGAGCGACACAUCGAAGUUGGUGACAACCUCCAAAUGCUCAUUAUCACUGCGGACGGUAUUGAGGAGACAUUCUUGCCCUUGAAGAAGGACUAA